AUGGGAGGUGUUGGAGAAGAUGACAAGUUCUACCGAGUGUUCUUAGCGCCUGGCGUUGCUCAUUGCUUUGAAGGCACUGGCCCAGUCCCCAUUGAUCCUAUGUUUGCUGUAGUCGAUUGGGUUGAGAAAAGUAAAGCGCCUGACAGCAUCAACGGCGCCACAAGGGGUGAGGCUAAUGAGAGAACCACACAGAAGCUCUGCAAAUGGCCUGCAAAAGCUGUGCACAGUGGUGCAGUCAAUCCAAAAACCGCGGCCAAUUGGUUAUAUUCCAACAACAACACAGGGUUGACCAAGGUUGGACAUGCUGAAUAUCAGUGGCUCGAUGAACUGUGA